AUGAGUUUCAGAAGCAGAGCAUGGAUGGUGGCCGGAGCUGUCGGAGUGGUGGAAGCCCUCAAAGAUCAAGGCUUUGCACGAUGGAACACCACCAUCAGGACCAUCCAGCACCACGCUAAGUCCAAUCUCCGAUCAAUCGCCCAGGCCAAAAUCUUGACUUCGCCGGCGGCCAUGGCUUCUAGCAAAGACAUGGAAGAGAAGGCAAAACAAUCAGAAGAAUCAUUGAGAAAAUUUCUCGCUCACAAAAUGACUUCUCUAAACCGUGUAUGGAUGGCCACCGGCGUAGCUGUUGCAAAUGGACAUACAGAUCAAGGCUACAAACUUAAAUCCCUCCUCCUCAACUCCUUCCCACACGGCAAGAAGGCCUUCACCUCCGAUCUCCGCCCACUUUCCGGCCUUCUAAUAUCAGACGUCGUCAGUGUCGGAGAAAGGAAGACAACACAGUCCGAUGAGUCUCUCCGGCAAGUCAUGUACUUCAACUGCUGGGGCCAAAGCUGA